GCGGCCGGGAACGGGCGGUGGGGAGCGGGCGGAGCUGGCCCUGCCUCUGCCUGGCCGGCGCCGCAGUCGGCGCGGGCCGCGCCCGCCGCCGUAAACUGUCCUGAGCUUCUGCUCAGGCCGAGGGAGACGUCGGGGCCUGCACCUGGAGGGAGCCUGCCGCGCUGGCCCCGAGGAGGGGGCGUUGCCAUGGCGACAGCCUCUCCCGCUGCUGACGGGGGGCGGGGGCGGCCCUGGGAAGGAGGGCUGGUCUCCUGGCCCCCUGCUCCUCCGCUUACAAUCCCCUGGACUUGGAUGGGCCCGAGUUGGGGGCAACAUCCCGGGCAUUGGGGCUUUCCAGCUCUCACUGAACCUUCAGCAUCCCCAGCGGCCAGUCUUGGCAUCUUCGAAGUAAGGAGAGUUUUAGAUGCUUCUGGAUGUUCAAUGCUAGCACCUUUACAGACUGGAGCAGCUCGAUUUUCUUCAUAUUUGCUUUCAAGAGCAAGAAAAGUGCUGGGCUCUCACUUGUUUUCUCCUUGUGGUGUUCCGGAGUUCUGCUCCAUAUCCACCAGAAAGCUGGCGGCCCACAGCUUUGGCGCAUCCAUGGCGGCAAUGAUGUCCUUCCCUCCCCAGAGGUAUCACUACUUUUUAGUGCUGGACUUUGAGGCCACGUGUGACAAGCCACAGAUUCAUCCUCAGGAAAUCAUCGAGUUCCCCAUCCUGAAGCUAAAUGGCCGGACCAUGGAGAUUGAGUCUACCUUUCACAUGUAUGUCCAGCCCGUAGUCCAUCCACAGCUUACUCCCUUCUGUACAGAGCUCACCGGGAUUAUUCAAGCCAUGGUGGAUGGUCAGCCAAGCCUGCAGCAAGUGCUGGAGAGGGUCGAUGAGUGGAUGGCGAAGGAAGGCCUCCUAGAUCCAAACGUCAAGUCAAUUUUUGUCACCUGUGGAGACUGGGACUUAAAAGUCAUCCUGAAUGGGGCGAUACUCAAGUUUACGUGGGCUUUGAUGCUGUCGUCACAGAUUCCGCUCAGGCUCCCAGGACAGUGCCAGUACUUAGGCUUGCCAGUAGCAGAUUACUUCAAGCAGUGGAUUAACCUGAAAAAGGCUUACAGCUUCGCCAUGGGCUGCUGGCCCAAGAAUGGACUUCUAGACAUGAACAAGGGCCUCAGCCUGCAACACAUAGGCCGGCCCCACAGCGGCAUUGAUGACUGCAAGAACAUUGCCAACAUCAUGAAGACACUCGCCUAUCGAGGCUUCAUCUUCAAGCAGACGUCAAAGCCGUUCUGACUGGCCGAGGAUGGGAUGGGGCAGGACAGGGUAGCUGCUUGGCCCAGCCCAGAACCUUCCUCUCCCUCACCAGAGGGGCAAAGGGGGAGUGGCACAGCUCUGCGUCCAGAGUGUCCCCCAGCCCGCCCCGUGGGCUUCUGCCCUGGGUAAGGCCUGGCUCCUUGGCCCCUCUGGAACAGACACUUUGUGCCCCUGCCCCCACCUCUCCACCUCAGCCCAGUAUCAGCCCCUCCCACUGUGGGCCUGGGCUGGGGGACCUCCUCCUCACCGCCUCCUCCCAGUACACAGGCUUCUGCCGGGGCCGCCGAGCCCCCCUGUGCCCCCUCCCAUCUGUAGUGCAUGGUGUGUGGUGCCCCCAGGGCUCCAGGACAGAUCAGGCCCCACCUUGUGUCUGCCCCCAUCCCCGCUGUGAACGUGCCACUGAAUAAAGUCGGGGAAAUGAG